GAAGAUGACAACUUAAAGUUUUGGGAGGCAUACAAAAAAGUUUCGGCUGAGUAUGACCACGACUUUCUCGGGCGGGCUAAUGAUGAUAUGGGCAUUAUUCUGACUUUUGCUGGUCUAUUCUCAGCUGUUAACUCCACCUUCAUCGUUGGGAUGCAGCCUGAUCCAGGAGAAACUACCAAUGACCUCCUCCUGCAACUGAUCCGGAUAAAUGUUAACGGCCCAAAUUCCGUUGACAUCAGUGAUCUUUCUUCAUCUAUGGGGUAUUCCUCUUUGAUGGUCUGGAUGCAAAUGCUCGCCUAUGCUAGCCUCGCAUUUAGUAUCUUGGCCGCGUUCGGGGCCGUCUUGGGAAAGCAAUGG